CGUCACAGCUCACGAGCUCGAAUCCCCCAAUCAAAACGCCACAUACACCGGAAGACACCCCCUUCGAGCUCAAACAAGCUGGAAGGCUGGCUCUAGGGACAAUUGGCCGGGGGAUCUGCACAUUGAUCAAGUGACUGCUGCUAGUCGUUGGCGCUUGUUCAACUUUCAUUGUCUGCCGUCACUCCUUUCGUUCUUAUAGAGUCGGCUCACACUGGCUGCUGAAGCUCAUCCCGUCUACACUGCAGCGCUCACAGUCAACACUCGUUACCGCAGCAAGACGAGCUGUCGAUGUUCCAGACAGCCUUUCGUGCAACUAGACGACGGUGACUGCUCAAGAUGGCGCCAGGUCGCCGGGAUAGUGGCUCAAGUGGAAGUGCUGUCGCAUCUGCAUUCACCAGGUUCUGGAAGAGAACUCAUGCGCCAGACUAUCUUGGAUUUGCGAUUCUCCUUUCUGCAUGGAUCGUGAUGCUGUUGUUUAUCGAACCAUUCCACCGCAUGUUCUUCAUCAACGAUCUGCACAUCUCAUACCCUCAUGCUGAGGUCGAGCGCGUGCCUGUUUACAUGAACUUUGUUUACGCCCUUUUUAUACCAUUGGGCGUAUUGGUUGCAUAUAAUGUUGUCACCAAGGCAUCACCGCACAAGCACGAGGUCACCUACCUGUCUUUUGCCAUCGCCAUCAUCAUGGGUUCUUUUCUCACGGACCUCAUCAAGAACACUGUUGGCCGACCGCGUCCCGAUUUACUGGCCAGAUGCAAGCCGGCGGCUGGCACGAAGCCUGAUGUGCUUGUUACCAUCGAUGUUUGUACCGAGACUGCACAUCACCUCCUUCAUGAUGGUUGGCGGUCGUUCCCCUCGGGCCAUUCGUCAUUCUCCUUCUCUGGACUUGGCUUCUUGAGCUUGUUCUUGGCUGGCCAGCUGCACAUCUUCCGACACAACAGUGGAGGUCGAGACCUCAGCCGCGCCCUCAUUUGCCUUCUGCCAUUGCUGGGGGCUGCACUAAUCGCCAUCAGUCGCUGUGAGGAUUACAGACACGAUGUCUAUGAUGUUUCCGUGGGCUCUCUGCUGGGUUACGUGGUUGCAUACUGGAGCUACCGACGACACUGGCCAAAGUUGACCGCCAAGGAAUGCCAUGAGCCCCAUCCCUACCCUGGGUCAGACCCCAAGACUGGUUGGAAUCGUCUGCGAGAUGAAGAGGAAGCUGGGGACUCGCGACCCGACGUAGGCUAUGAGAUGACCCAGCUAAAUAGUCAGAGACACUAA